UCGACUUCUCCAUUUCUAUUCAGAAAACAGGGGGCCUCCCAUGGAUGUCGACAAACAUAAUAUGGCAUAUCAAGUUGCAGUAAGACUAAGCACCUUGCCUUGUACUAAGACUGUACAUGGCAACCCAAUAUGAGGAGUAGGGUCCAAAAAGCCAGUAAGGGAGUCAGAGACAGUCACUGCUCCCACUGUCAGGAGUCCCACAAGAAGACCAAGGUAUACAACUGUCACAUAUAUGCAGAGGGCCUACAUCAGUCCCAUGCAGGUUCCCUGGUUGUUGGUUCAGUCUCUAUGAGUUCCUAUGAGACCAGGUUAGUUGAUUCUGUAGGUUUUCUUGUGCUGUCCUUGCCCCUCUGGCUCCUACAAUCCUUCCUUUCUUCAGCAGGAUUCCCCAAGCUCAGACAAAUGUUUUUUCCCAUUUCUGUCUUUAUAUGAUACUAACAUUUCCUUCCAAAAUUUAUAGAAGCUACUUUUGACUAUUUCCUCAAAAAUCAUUAGGAUGCUACUUGGUAUGUAUAUAAGUGUGUGUGUGUGUGUGUGUGUGUGUGUGUGUGUGUGUGUGUGUGUGUGUGUAUUUAUACAUGUACAUUCAAUUUCCUUUAAAUAAAGAGAGUGCUGUCUAAUUAGUAGAGAUGAACAUUCAGGAGCACAUCCUCUCUAUAACUCCUGACACUUGCAAAAUGCUUAAAAUCUGAUAGUCAAACAAUUUUGGCAUUACUUAAGUGCCAAAUUUAGACUGUUAAAAUUGAAUAUAGCAGGAACUAAUUUGAAUCUCUUUGAAUAGGAAAAGGAAGAUUUGAGGGGAACACAGAGGAAAACAGCUGAACCACAGGAAGGGGAGUAAAUGCAUAAUUGAAAGGCUCUGCAUUCCAUGAUCACUGUCCUGUGAGUCCCACGUGAUUCUUUGGCUCUGUAGACUUCCUGUUUAUUUUCAGCUUAUGUGUGGGAUCAGUGAUGGUUUUUUUUUUUUUUCCUGGAAAUACUGGGCAGAGAUGAAAUAGUUCUUCCAUGAGUCUUGGCUAUUAGACAGAAUAGAAAUGCCCACUACACACAAGAAUAAUGCCCACCCCCCUCACCAAGAAAACAGCCCCCUGUAACACCAGUGACCACCGGAGUCAUAAGCCCACCUUGCACCAAUUGGGAACAGACAGAAGACAUCCCAAGAGAGACAAUCCCUGAGACACAAGUCAAGUUCCACAGAGAAGCUCAAUGUGUCGAAAACUCUGAACCUGAUGGAGUCAAGCAGACUUCUUCCAGGAGACAGAAAUUCUGGGGCUCAGGGGAAGAGAACAAAGCAAAGAGGAAGAUCUAUCUCUGACUGCUUCAGCAGGAGCACUUGGAAGGAGGGAACAGGGACCCCAGGAGACAGGAGGGUUUGCUGGGCUGAAGACUUGGGAGGGGCUGUGGCUCCCUCCAUCCUGCCACAAGCCCUUUGUGAUGAGGAGGCCACAGCUGUGUGAUGUGGGCCUGAGCCCUCCUGACAAGCCUCAGGCUGUACCCUUAGGACUCAGUGGCUUGAAAGCUACAGUGUGAUUCAGAAGAUGGAAAGUUCUCUCCUUUGGCUGAAAAGCCUUUGUGACUCCUGGAUGAGCCUCAGCUGCAUUUUCGUAGAAACGGAUGUGAUCUUUGGUGUUAUGUGUGGAGUGGGGUUCUUCUUCCUACUGACACCCUUCCUGAAGACGUACCCAGUGUCACCACCACCUGGGAGUAGAAAGAAUACCCCAAAGGUGAGGAGGAGGAGGAGGAGGCAGAUCAAGACCAGGGAGAAAAAUGCUUCUGUAAAAGGUUGCAGAGAUGGCAGAAAGAAUGUGGAAGAUACUCAGAAUGCUUCACAACCUGUGGAAAUCCCCAUCAAUAAUCCUUUACUGGACUCCACACCACAUGCCUUUUGGAACUCUUAUAAGAAACUAUAUCAGCUUCCCCUCUCUCAGCUGCUGUCUUAUCUCAAGAUCUUGGAGGAUCUUAUGCAGAGGAAAUUUAGCCAGACUUUCUGGAGCAUGUCCUCUGUGCUCUCUGAGUCAGUGGUGGCUACUGCCUGGGUCUCCAGGAGAUCUUCCUUUGCAGCAACCAAAACUUCACCAUUCUGUAAUACACAUGGCCCUUCCCCAGCUCUACCUCUGGGCCAAGGACCUCCACAGAUUUCUCAGGCCCAGCCAUUGCCCGACCAGUUUGUGACAUCAAGCCUGGCAGAUGUAACAGAGGUCCAGACACUAGAUGACCUCCCAAGCUCUAUACCAAACCAAGCACUUUCUGUAUUCAUAAGUAGGGUCUAUGGAACAACACGUCGUGACACUGGGAUGAAAGUAUUGGCAUCCCCCCCGACUGAAAACCGGUCCUGGCAGCAAGAUCUGGAGUGGAAAGACACCAUAGGCUCCAAUGUCCAAAAACAUCAAGCAGCCAUUAGCCAGCCCACUUACAACUUGCCCAGGGACAUCCCACCCGCUGAAGCUAUCGGAUCGGCCUCCAUCCCUCCUGAGCGUUGUCAGUUCCUCCAGCACCGUGAGGAGCCACUGAGUGAAUACAGCAUGUCGAAGGUGAGAGAACAAGGCCCCCCCUUCAGGUUCCUCCCAUCCCGGGAACUGACACAGCUGCAGGGACAUUUACCAGCAAACAAUCAUUGCCAGUCCAAGAACAAACCUGAACUCCCGCAGCCUGCCCAGCCCUCCAUCCUCGACUCCAAAAGCUGCAAGUUGAGUCAGAUGAUGAGGUCUGUGCCCUUGGGGAUGCCCUUAAAGAAGGGUCCAGCAAAAUGUAACGUACAUGACCCCAUCAAGAAGGGCCCCAGUUUUAGGGCCAAAGACUUGCCUUGCACUUCAAGCAGCACUCCUGGGCAGGGUCUGGGACCCAGAAACCCUGCAAUGAGGACAGAUCAUCUGUCCCACGUGAACACCACCCAGGACCUUUCCUUCCUUGACCUAAAAACUCAAAGGAAGCUGGACUCAAACAUCAAACAGCUUCGUGUGAAACACAGAUGGAAAUCUUAUCUACAGACUCUUGUGUCAAGUGAUCUCACCCAACCAGGGGUUCCAGCCUCAUUCCUUCCCCAGCCUGUGUAUCCCACCUCACCCUCCUCUGUUUCUAAGUCAGAGGACUGUCUGAAGACUGCCACGAUCCUGGAAAAAUUGCAUCACCAAGAUCCAGGAGGGACAAGGAUAGAAACUGUAUCAGCUUCCAGGCUGCAGGGUCCUCUGUUUGCGCAGUCACCUUCAGAGGUUCAGGAGAUGCAAAGAGCCACUCUACCAGCUGCCAGCCAAGGGCCCCUCAAGGCCCAUCCAGUUACAUGGAAGAGCAACCUAAUCACUGGAGCCAAAGCUUACUGUCUCCUGGCAAAAACUCAGAAGAGCAGGAUCAUCCGAGGGAUUGGAAGAGGCAGCCUGCAACCAAGGACCAGUCCAAGAAUUGUCAGGCAUGAAUCAUGGACGAUGUUUGAGAAUGUGGCCACAAGACAUCCCUAUUGGAGUGGUACACUGGUUGAUCCUGAAGAAAGGACCCCAUCUUCAGUGGCCAAGCAGAUCAACAGAAUUUUGGAGGUGAUAAAAGAGACACCUUCAGCAUGGAAAGUGACCCUUGGGUCCAGCAAGAUUCUCAAUGGCCAAAACAUCAAUUUCAAUCUCAGAGAUUUUGAAUCUGUAGAGGCCAAUAGAAACCCAGGCCAUUUUCAAACAUGUCCACAGCAUUCAAGUGGCCCAGCUCUAAAACCACAGGUGCUUGGAGAGGUUGACUUCAAAUCAAACGAGCAGCCACAGUCAUGGCCUGCUGGGCUCCUUCCAGACCGUCAAAGUGCUGUGUGCUCCACUACAGUCAGCUUGCCUACACAGCACUCAGUUCCCAGAUUCCAGAAUAGAUCCAAAAAUCCCAAGACUUCUCAGGGCCUAGAUGAUGUAUUCAAGAGGAGAAAUCACCACAAAAAGACUCAGAAGCUCAGUGUCCCUAAGGAUAAGAUUCAAGCAAGUAAUCACAAAAUAUUUCCUCCCAGUGAAGAGAGGAAGGAUUGUAUGAGAUCCAGAGUCAAAAGCCAGGAAGAAAAUCUUGGGAGAAUGGGGCUCUCCCAAGCCCGUGGCCACAAUAGCUCUACCCAACCCAAGGAUACAGUCAUUACUGAGAGUCAGCCCUCCCCUGAUAUGCUGGAAAACAAACAAGCUCCUGAAAGAAGCUUUCUGAAGAAAAUGGUAAGGAAUAUUCUACAAUAUCUCAACCUCAGUGCCAAAGACAAGGAGCAGGGGGAUUCUCUGAAGAGUGAAAGCCACCCAUCAUCUACUAAACAGACUCAGGAGGUAGUCACAAAAGACAAACUCAUCUACAGUUUGGCAGCCAGAGUUCAAUCUCUCAUGAAAGUUAUGAUACAGGUCGUGAUGGACAGGCUGGACCUUGAUAUAGAGGACCCAUCAAAGGCACAAUGGUGUGAAGUGGAAUCACUGACAUCCCAACCGAGUGUCUCUUCCCACUCUUCUGAGGGUCUCCAUGACACAAAGAAAAGCAUAACAGUGAGAAGAAUGAGCUUUGGUCCCCACACAAGUUCCAAAGGACACAACCAUCCACUCAGAUACAGGGGAAUUGGAGACAAACAACAGUUGAGUGUUGAUGCCCAGAAAGCCUAUGAUCAACAUCAGAACAGAGUGAAGAGAGGAAUGGACUUCAACCAACUCCCCACCCUCAAGGGGAAGAGCCAUCCAUUCCUGUACAGGAGAACUGGAGACAAGCAGCAGUCAGGUACAGCUAGCAAAACAGCCUGUGACCCAGAUCAAAUUAAAGUGAAGAGUGGAAUGGGCUAUUGUCUACAUAACAACUCCAAGGGGCACAACCACCCAUUCUUAUACAGAGAAAUUGGAAACAAACAACAGUCCAACUUUGUCCAUAGAGCCUGUGACCCACCUAAAAGUACAAAGAAAGUAAUAGACUAUGGUCAUCUCAACAGCCUCAAGGAGAACAAUCAUCCAGUCAUGUUCAGGGGAACUGGAGACACGGAGCAGUCAUAUGCUGCUGCCCAGACAGCUGGUCACCCCAAAUGUACCUUAUCAGCACAGGCCAGGGUGCAGGUGUCUCAGGUCACCUUGACCUUUGCUCACUAGUAAGUCUUCCAAAAGCUAUCCCAUCCCCCAGCCAUUGUUUCCCCUCAUGCUUUCCUGGUAAUAAACGUUGGCUUUUUUCCUGCAAAGAAAAAAAAAAAAAGAAUAAUGCCCAGCAUGCUUAUUCAUGAGGGAAAAUGCAAUUAGAUGUCACUUCAGAGCCACUAAAAGGACUGAAAGUAUAAAAGCUGACAACAAGUAAAGUUGAUGUGCACAACAAUUGAGGCUUGAGCCCACUGUAUGGUGUUGGUUGGAAUAUAGCACUGCUUUGAAAAACUGGUGAGCGACUUUGGUCUACAGUUUCUUAUAAACUUGACUCCAAAACUAGAUACUUUUUGAAAAAAAAGUGACUGCAGAUGUCUACAUGGAGAUUUCUCUGAGCACAUUUACAGAAUCAUUUUUUCUUUGGCAUAAUUGGUACAAACUGUGAACAGUGGAUGUUCAUUGAUGAGGCCCCAGGAAACUGGUUACUUACUUCAUGGGUUAUUGCUCAGCAGUACAGAGAAUGACUACUAACACAUGCAGAACAUUGACUCAUCUAAGAAAUGUGCUGAAUGAGUGAUGCUGGGGAUAAAGGAAUCCCUAUCAGUGCAUGAUUAUGAAACUCUGACAAGCAAAGUUAAGCUUUGAUGAUAAAAAUCAUAUUGGUGGUUACAAAAUCACAGGGCUGAUAGAAAAAACACUGAGGACAUUUUCCAAAGUGAUGAAGUAGUGUUAUGUAUUGACUGGAGUUUAUAUGACAGACAAUAUACUUGUGAAAUCCAUUAAACUCAUACUCAUGAUCUAUGCAUUUUAUAGUAGGUAAAUUAAAUUUUGAUAAAGAUAAUAAAAUAGCUUAUACCAUGCUAAAUUGCUCAUGUUAAAAAUGUAUAAUUAAAAGAUAGCAAUUUUAUGUGUGUAAGUUUAUUAAUCUAACUGGCCCUCAAUGUUAAUAUGAGAUUGACUUGGAGUCUUUUGAAAAUAACUGAUAAUGAGGAGAUGAGAAGAAGAGAAAGAAGAAAUCAGGGGGAAUAAUGAAGUUUCUAGGAAGUAUGACUUGCAACUUUUUUGAGGCAAGAGGGCAUGAUACUAUCACUUUAUUAUUGCUGUAUGCAAGAAUAUGUAUGUAUAUAUACAUAUUAAUAGAUAUGUCUUCAUCUUGUGUGCACCUUGUAGUUUAUUGUGUGUGUGUGUGUGUGUGUGUGUGUGUGUGUGUGUGUGCACAUGUGCAGGCUGGCUGUGUUUAUUAAUGAACUGUUAACACUUGUCUGGGCACCCAUGCAGUCAUUACAUGGUGAAGACACCAGUUUUGCCCUUCUACGUGGAAAGGGUGAUUGAUCUACAAUUGAGCCUGAGCAAUGUGUCAGUAUCAAUUGCUUUUACAUGCACCAUCAUAUGCAUGGGUAUUUUACAGUAGUCUUCUGUGAACCUGGGUCUGAUUGUCUCAUGUAAAAAUUACUAUCAUUUUGAAAAAAAUCAUAAAACUUGUCUUCACUCAGAAUAUAGCCUUUUAGUGCUAUAUUUUGUGUAGAAGCUGGAAUAAAUUUACAUGAGUUUUGAGCAAAUCCUUCUCUGAUGGUAAGAUAGCCUACUGUUAUAAUGUGUAGGUAAAUGUUGAGAAUACGUUGUAGAGAUGUGUGGGAUUAUUGAGAAAAUGUAAGUAACAAAUAGAGAAUUAACUAGAAAAUAAAUUUGACAUGGUUUCAUGAGCUGUAGAGAAAACUUGAGAGACUGGAUUCUGGGACCAUGAAGAAGAGAAAAUGUAUAUCAUUUAAGCACAGUUCCAUGGCCUUUGCCUGCUGUGGGUCAGUAAUGAUUCUCAUCAGAGCCCUGAGAACAGACCCUAAUCAUAGGCCAUGAAAUGACCACUCUGGUUGCUGCUGAGGCGGAUCUCUCUCCUUCUAAGAUCACCCCCUCUAUGGCUGAGUGAGUAGACAAUAAUACCUGACAGAAUAGCCCCAUUGGGGUGUCCGCCAAAUAGGAGGAGGCCUUGUUCUGACAAGAAAGAUAUUCUUGUUCUGGGAGAACAUUGAAUCCUUUAUUGCUUUCAUGUAAAUUUGGAUUACAAAUCCUGCUGGAAUUUCCUAGUGAAAAUAGAAAUGAAAUGCAUGUAAUGAAAUAAUGAAAACUCAGAAGGAAUGAAACUGAAACCUGUUUUCAAGAAAGCUUAUCAAUGGGAACAAUAGCAAUAACAAUAGCUGGCAAUUGUGUGGGAAUUACAGUGAGUCAGAGAAUGGUCUAAGCACUUCAGAUAUGAGAAGGAGCUUAAUCAGAAGAUCUGCUGAGAAUGGGACAAAUAUUUCCCUCAGUUUAUGGAGUACAAAGCUGAGUCACAGAGUUUAAGGAAUGUGUCCAAGGCACUGAAGGUGAUAAGGUCAUGUUGGCCUCAGGCAUGCCCAACCUUUUAACACUACAAUACUAUGUUAUCAUCUAUAAAGUUAUGUUUGAGAACUGUGCAGUCAAGUUACAAGAAAGUAGCUAAAGAAUUUUAUAAUGUGUUAAGUAAAUUUAUAAUUGUGUGUAGGACCACAUUCACAGCUAUGCUCAGCCACAUAACAGCAGCCUGCAGCAUGCAACCUGCAUGACGGCUCUACAAUUUCAGCCUACCUCUUUACACCGUCUUUCUGGAAUUGGCUGUAUUUCCACACAUUAACACACCAGCUGAAAUAUGUAUGAUUGUACAUUUGCACACACAAGGAUCUCUGCACAUACUGUACAUACAUAUACAUGCACAUACUUGUAGGAUGCAGUACAGAGUUGUUAAAGACCAUGAGUACCCACCGUGUGUCUGCUCUGAGUAUGAUCUUUGUUGGGAUUAAUGGCUAGGAGGCUACGAGUGCUCCACUUAAACUUCUGUACCCCAGUUUCCCGUAUGGAACUGAGUAAUUUGUUUUCUUGGAAUUAUUAAGGCACAGUAGCUGGAGGUAAAUUGUCCUUCAAUCAUCUAGUGUGGUGAUAUCUGUGUCCCCCAAUAAAGUUUAUCUGAGGAACAGAGGAAAAAGCCAGCCACUAUAUUAGACAUGGAAGUCAGGCAAUGGUAGCACACUCCUUUAAUCUGUCUGGAUCUCUGUGAGUUCAAGGACACACUGGGAACAGAGCCAGGAGUGGUGGCACAGGCCUUAAAUUCCAACACUAGUUAACCAUAAAGGUCUGGAGGUCUGUACAGACAGACAGGAAGUGACUGAGCUGGGAAGGAAGAGGAAGUGAUGUAGCUGGGCAGAGAGAGGAAAUGAGUUAACAGAACAGAAAGGAAUAUAGGCAUGGGUAUACAGGACGUAGGUCUCUUUGGAAGCCGAGGGUUGGUAAGGUGAGGUUGGCUUUGGCUUGUCCUAUUCCUUUGAUCUUUCAGAAUUUACGCCAAUAUCUAGCUCUGGGUUUUUUAUUAAUAAGACUGUUUAACUAUUCGUCUUACAAACUGGUACUCUUAGUAUCUUGUUAUUAUAAUAGUUUACUAAUGGUGACUAUUUUUGCACUGGGUUAUUGAGUAUUUUUAAGCUUUCCUGUGCAAAUCACCUUGCAUGUUCCUUUCUCUUUGUACUUCUAGUCUCCUCCUACAGGUCUCCAAUUGGGGUCUCAGAUCUUACUGUUUGAGGUCCCUCUUGAAUUUUCUGUUGUUACUUAUUUGUAAUUCAUUUCUAAAGCCUGAGAUCAGCAGGGAAAUCUAUUCCUUACCACCUUUUCUGAAGGGAUGAUACAUAUUUUGCUUUUAUUUUCCCCACAUGGCCUGCACAACC